AUGUCCGGCCUCUCCUCCUUCCUCCCCUCCCGCCUCCUCGGCGCCGGCUCCCGCUCUGCCGCCGCCGCCGCCGCCGCCUCCGCCUCCUCGUCUUCCUCGACAUCCACGCCAGCGACGGCGGCGACGCCGACAACGCCGGGCGAGACGCCGCUCGACGCGCUCCGGUUCGCGAUGGAGACGAUGCCCGGCGCGCGCAAGCACUUCUUCCUGCCCUCGACCCGCGCCGAGAUCCUCGCCGCGCUCUACGACGCGCUCUGGGGCCCGUACGCGCAUCUCUUCCUCCCCAACUCGAACAGCAGCCUCCCGAUGCACGCCCUCUUGAGCGACGUCCAGGCCAAGCUCCGCUUCGGCGGCGCGGGCGACGGCGAGGCCGCCGUCCCCGGUCGCCCGUGCGGUCAUAUCUUCAAGAAGGGCCAGAGCUGCUUUCGCUGCAAGGAAUGCGCGCUGGACGACAGCUGCGUGAUGUGCUCCAAGUGCUUCCACGCGACGGAUCACAGCGGGCACAACAUCUCCUUCUUCGUCGCCCAGCAGUCCGGCGGAUCCUGCGACUGCGGCGACACCGAGGCCUGGCGCCAUCCCAUCAACUGCCCGCACCAUCCACCCCUCCCACCCGACGCCGGCGGCCCCUCGACCUCCACCCUCGCGAGCAUGCUCGCCUCCAAACCCGCCGGCGCCCCCAAGUCCGUCUGGGCCGCCGACGUCCCCCCGGUAUCCAACUACCCCCUCCGCGCGUCCGUCCCCGCCGAACUGCACACCGCCAUGUCGCGCACGAUCGGCUACGCCCUCGACUUCGUCCUCGACACGCUCGACGUCUCCCCGGACGAAGUCGGCCCCCCCGCGUCCGAGGCCGACCUCCGCCUGCAGCCGACCUCCGACCCGCUCACCAAGGACGUCUACUGCGUCGUCCUCUGGAACGACGACAAGCACUCCUUCGACGAGGUCAUCCAGCUCGCGAUCGACACCACCGGCCGCCCGCGCGCCGAGGCGGCCGAGAUCGCGCGCCGCGUCGACGAGCUCGGGCGCGACGUGCUCGAGUGCGGGAACAACGUCCCGCGCCUGCUCGAGACCGCGCGCACGUUCGCCCAGGUCGAUCUCGGCGUCACCGUCCGGCGCGCGCACGACACCUUCCGCGAGCAGAUGGCGGCCGUCAUCGUCGAGUGGCUCCUCGACCUCACCCGCGCCCGCGUCGGCACGGACACGCUGAUGCUCCGCGAGAUCAUCGCCGCCGAGCUGCUCUCGCCCCGCCGCCGCCGCGACGCGGCCGAGAAGCUCAGGGAGCACUCGAAGCUCAUCCCGGACGACGACGGCGAGGGCACGGCGAGGAUCGAUUGGCUGUUCCUCUAUCACGCCAAGCUUUGGAAGCGGCCCAGGUUGUCCCUGAAGGAGAUGUACGCGAGCAUCCUCAGCAUCAGUCCGGACCACAAGAUGGCCAUCGCCGUGCGAUUCGGGAAUAUAUACCCCCGCAUCAUCGACGCGUACCUCCUCAUCGACCGCGAGGCGGAGACCUCCAUCAAGUACUUCGCCUUGCAACUCUUCACCGUGCCCUCCGUCGCCGCGCACCUCGUGCAACACCAUCAGCUCGCCACCCGCAUCCUCUCCAUCGUCAGCGCCUUCUUCACCAACCAAAUCGCCGACAAACGCGUCCUUUCCUCGUCGUCCGCCUCCGCCGCCGGCGCCGGGCCCAGCGCGGCCUCGCUCGACGUCGACGCCUUUCCCUUCAAAUCCAAGCGCUUCAUGCCCGUCUUCUCCGACCUGCGCUGCCUGUGCCACAACGCGCCCGUCCAGCGGCUGAUCGCGAGCACCCCGGCCUACCUCGCCCACUUUGCGCGCACCUGCCAGCUCUUCAUGUGCGUCAACCCGAACAAGCGCGCGGCGGCGUCCCACGUCGAGUACGAGACGGACGCGUGGAUCAGCGUCUUCAACGUCACCCUCUCCCUCUCGCGCGUCAUCAAGGUCUACGGCGAGGCCUUCGCGCACGGCACCGCCGCCCAGCUCCUCGGCGCGGUCGAGACGGUGCUGCACUACAUCAUGCUCGGCUGCACGCUCUCGCCCGACCGACAGGACCGGACCCGGUUCGCGCCCGUCGCGUUCCACGACGUCGAGUUUGGGCGCGGGACGUACCAUAUAUGCGAGUUCGACGUGCUCGAGGGCUGGGUCAGCUUUCACCACUCGCUGCAUUGGCUCCUGGCGGAGCUGUUCAAGCACGUGCAUCUCCUCGGCGAGGAGCGCUUCGCGCGCGAGCUGGGGUACGCGAGCAUCGGGACGGCGCUCGCGCAGAGCCAUAGCCAGCGUUCGCUCCUCACGGUCGUGGACUUUCCCCUCCGAGUUCUCGCGAUGGUCGCCCAAAUACGCGUCGGGCUCUGGGUCCGGAACGGGUUCGCGAUCCGCGGCCAGCUCCUCCACUAUCGCGACUUUAUGCUCCGCGAGCUGUGCUACGACCAGGACAUCUACGUGCUCCAAACGGCGCUCAUCCUCAUCGACCCGGACGUCGUCCUCGUCAGCGUCCUCGACCGUUUCCAGCUCCUCAAUUACUUUUCCGGCAUCACGUUGCACGAGGCGUACGAGGAGGCGCAGCUGAGCGGGAUGGUCGAGGAGGCGCUGUACGUGAUCGUCACGAUCCUGACCGAGGGCGCGAACGCGAAGGGGCUCUCGCUCCCGGACGCGAUCCGGCGCGAGGUCGUGCACGCGCUCGCCGUCGGCCCGUGCACGUUCACGGACCUCGUCAAGCGCGUCGCGGAGCGGAUGGUGGACGACGUCGCGUUCGAGCACGUCCUCCGCGAGGUCGCGCACUUCCGACCGCCCGAGUCGAACCUCGACGCGGGCACGUACGAGCUCCGGCCCGAGUGCUUCGACGAGGUCGACCCGUUCUUUUACCACUACACGCGCAACAAGCGCGAGGAGGUCGAGGCCAUCCUCCGCGCCCGGAUCAAGAAGCGGACGGGGGAGGAGGACCCGGUGCUCGUGCCGCGCCCGACGGGGAUGCCCGCGUCCGGCCCGUUCGCGCGCCUGCCGCUCGUGUUCGAGUCGCCGGUGAUGCUCCAGAUCGCGUUCUUCGCGGUCGACAACGUGCUGGCGUCGACGCAGGCGAACGGGAGCACGCCGCCGUCGGCGGAGGCGAUCCUCGACCAGACGCUGCACCUCGUCAUGGUCGCCCUCGUCGAGCGCGGCGCGUCGUUCGCCCGCUUGGCGGCCGAGACGGCGUUCGCGGGCGGGAGGACGGUCGUCGACGCCGUGUGCGCGCUCGAGGCGCACGACAAGUACAAGACGUAUAAGGCGCGCGCGGGGUGGAUCUUGGACCGGCUGGCGGAGCACGUGCGCGAGGCGGUCGCGAGCCGGCGGAAGGCGCCGGACGGGGAGGACAAGGCGAAGAAGGACGGGGAGGACGCGAAGAAGCGGGCGGCGAAGGCGCGGCAGGAGGCGAUCAUGCGCCAGAUGAAGGCGCAGCAGGCGAGCUUUGCGGACAACUUUGAGGACGUGGACGACGAGGACGACGAGAUGGCGGACGCGGCGGGCGCGGGCGCGGAGGAGGCCGUCUCGUUCGGGACGUGCAUCGUGUGCCAGGAGGACCUGAACACGGCGUCGAAGGCGUUCGGCGCGCUCGGGAUGCUGCAGCCGAGCAGGGUCGUGAGGCGCCAGGCGUCGGGCAGCGCGGCGGCGUUCAACGAGGUCCUCGCCAUGCCCCAUUCGCUCGAUCGCGCGGCGCAGCAUCCUCAGCGUACCGUGUUCCCUCCGCCCGAGAACGAGAUACAAAGCUCGAAGCCGGCCUCGAACAACACGUUCGAGGGCUACCCUUCGCACAGCACGCGCUUCGGCCUUCACGCCUCGGUGUGCAGUCACAUGAUGCACCUCGAUUGCUUCAACGUCUAUAGCUUGUCGAUGCGUCAACGCCAUCGCAGCCAGGCGACGCGGAACCACCCCGAAAGCCUGGCGCGCAAGGAGUACAUCUGCCCGCUCUGCAAGAGCCUCGGCAACGUGAUGCUUCCCAUCUCCGUCCCUUCGAACGCGGCGCUGAGCACGGUCCCGUUCACGGACUGGAUCCGGGCGUCCGGCAUCAGCAUCCUCAAGUCCAAGCCGGACCCGCUCAUGGAGUCGCUGCAGUUCAAGAUGGGCACGGGCGAGUUCGUGUUCUGGAGCGCGCAGGACCCGGGGUACAUCACCGCGUUGAGGAACGCGGACAAGGUUGAGAGCAUGGAGCUGCAUAAGAUCGUAGACACGGUCAUGGCGACCGCGAAAGUCUUAUCAUCGCAAACAAGGCAUCUACGCGAUCGGCCGGAGCCGGAACAGGGGGAACGCGGUGCGGGCCUUUACCUCCCAGAGGACCUUGUCGGAUACACGAUCGCAUCGAUGGAAGUGAUGCAGCGCGGCACUGGUGCUCCCGGGACCCUCAUCGCCGACAACCUUACGGAGCCGCAGACGAAGAUGAUCCGCGGCUUGGUAUCCUGUCUGACCAAGCUGGCCGCCCUCCAGUUCAAGGGCAGACCCGACGAGGGGCGCGAAGCCGUCCGCCAUGCCGUCAUCAAGAGAUUGCUGCCCGAAUGGAGCAGAGCGACCCACGCCGCCUUCGCCUACCCUCUCAUCCUGCGAGACCCGUUCACGCUCCUGGUGGAGAGUGCGGCCGUCGCGCCGGAAAUGCUCCGGCACAUCCUCACGCUCACGUACUACGCUUGUCUGGCCAAGGCGGUCAUCGGCAUCGUUCAGCUGCUUCAGCAUAGAAACCGGAACUGGCACCAUUCGGCGGUGCAGCAACGACAGCACGAGGGCAUAUUCGGGGACCUCCGGAUGUUCUUCAUGUCCGUCGUCCGUCAUUCGCCAAUGUUCGAAGGUUCGCUGGCUCUUGUAUUCCGAGUUAUGGGCGAGCCCCAGAUGGAGAAGCUCCUGUACGCCUUCACGCUACCUUUCUUGCGCAAGGCCGCCAUUCUCUGCCGCGCGAUGCUCCCGAACGCGUUCCCGACCCCGGCCUUCGACGGUGACGAACCCUCGGAGUAUGCCCGGCUCCUAUCGAUGCUCGGCAUCCCUCCCCUGUCCGACCUGCCGAAUCAAGACGCGUUGCAGAACGCUCUAUCCGGAUGGUGCGCGCACUACGGCCACAUGCACGGGACGUCUUCCGGCAUGGUCGCGGUUUACUUCGAUUACCCUGCCGUCUACCGGAUAGCGAAGCUGCCCCUCGUGCUGGACAACCUCUUCGAGGACAAGGCUCUCUCGUGUUCUCGCUGCAACACGGCUCCCUCGGACGCUGCGAUAUGUCUCAUCUGCGGCACGGUCGUUUGCAUGCAAAGCCACUGCUGCAUCGACCAAGAAGCGGGGAGGGGCGAAUGCAACAUGCAUACCCGAGAGUGCGGCGGGGCAGUCGGCAUAUAUUUCUGCGUGAAACGAUGCUCGCUCCUAUAUCUUUACGCGGGCAAUGGGACCUUUGUCGCUUCGCCUUACCUCGACGUCCACGGAGAGGUCGAUAUGUCCAUGAGGCGAGGCCGGAGACAGUUCCUGCAUCACGCCCGAUGGGAAGAAAUACGGAAGCUAUGGCUCAGCCACGGCAUCCCGACGCUUGUCGCUCGGAAACUCGAGAGCACGGUCGACAACGGAGGUUGGGAGACGCUCUGA